AUGUACUUUGAAGAUGCGCUUUGGAUGGAGGACACGUUUUGGAAAAAUGCCAUCGGAACUUCUUACUUGACGAUGGGUACUGAACGUCUGAAAUUUCGAAAAUUCAAUCAUUUAAAUUCGAAAUUGUGUCUACUCUUAUCACUAAAACUCGAAAAAGUCUAAUUUCUCUGCGAUCUCUGUUUUUUCGCCACUCUCUCGUGUUUGCUCAGUAUUUUUAUGUUCGUAUGACCUAGCCAGUGAGAGAAAAGAGGGUCCAGACGGGUCAGAAAAAUCUCAUAUCCUGGCGAACGAAUUAUAGUUUUUUUUUAAAGGCACAAGGCCAAGAGGCUCCUAAGAAAGAAAAUAUCCAUUUUAUUGUUUUUUUUUUCGCGGUUAAAAAGUAAGAAGAUUACGGUAAGCAUUUUUGUACACCGAUCCUUCGUGGAACCAAGUUUUUCUCAAAAGAUUAGGAUUUUUCCUUUUUAUACUUCAAAUCGCAUAUCUCUCAGGGGAAAUGCCGUUAUUUUGAUGAAAAUAUAUUCCAGGCCUUUGCGGGAUUUCGAUGAACCUGAUGAUCGUCUCAAUAAUCCCAGAAAUCGGCGAAUUUCUAUCCCGUCCUCUGGCUUUAUUGGCUUCUUGCCAAUUAUUUAUUUCGAUUGUUCAAUUGACGGCUGUUUUCAUUCCAGUUCCUUAUAUGAUUGGUGAGCUUUUUAAUUAUUUUUCAGCCGAAGAAUUAAUUUUCAGCCACCAAUAAACCUUACUUCCUUAAUGAAAUAAUCAUCAAUUUUCCUGGCUCAAUACUGCUGACAAUGCAACUUGCAUCGUUGCUUGUACAGGUGGGAUAAUUUUCUCAGGGUAAAAAUAAUACAAAAAGAGGUUGAAAGACGAAAGCAUUUUUUGCAAAAAUGAAAAACGCGGAAAGGAGUCGAACUCGCGACCCGUUGAGGAAGAAUCGGGCGUCUUACCAGCUGCGCUAUGAGAACAGAGGCAUUGUAGGGCUUGAAGCGCGCCAUAUACCUCCUUUUUUCUCCUAUUCUCUUCAGACUUAAGCUAUUUUUCAUCUUAAAAAAAGGUUUUCAGUUCUUCUCAACUGUAUAUCGGAACCUAAGCGUCCUAUCUGAAAAUAUAUGGUAUGAAUUUCCAGCCUCUACUCAUUUUUGAAUUCAAUUUUCAGUGAAAAGCUCUUCCACGACUGGGUGGUCUAUUUAAUGUUGGCGAUUUCCAUAUCCUACCCAAUUUAUCACGCCGCCAGCCUUUCAAUCGAAACCACGUUUGUCGAAAUUCUACUUCUCAUAAAAUGAUUUUCAUUCAGGAUUCAUAGAUUCUCAUUAGAAACGCUCGGAUUUUCGAGGUCCGAAAUUGAAAUCAUAUCAGUUAUCACGUUCGUCGCCGUUGUGGCUCUAUUCGCUCUCAUGUUCUACAUUCUUGCUUUUUCUGAUCUCAUUUACAGGUGAAUUGAUUUUGAGGUUGAAAAGUAGAAGUUUGGGAAAAAAAAAUGAAGGGGACAAUCCGAAAAAAAACUGCUGAAAAGCCUCAAAAAAAAUGUAGUUUUUGUGUUCUUACUUCCAAAUAUUUUCCAUUAACCUACAUUGAAACUCAGUGGACGCAUUGCGAAUGGCUCAAAGCGUCGCGGUCGCGUUGCGGUUCUAAGUCGAUUUGGGACUGUGAAGCUUGUUUCAAUGCUUUGCGAUGGCUCAGCGCGCAAACCGUUUUGGGUCGGGCGAACCUUAAAAAAGCAAUUUUCUGACACAUAGCCAUUCCACAUGCGACCAUCUGUUCAUAUCGUUUUUGAACUCAUCAAAGAGAAAAAAAUCUUCUAUUUUUUUGACUGUUUAAUGCAUAAUUUUGAAAAAAAUCCAGCUUCAUCAGGAAAAAUAUUGCUUUUUCUGAUCCCCUUUUUGAUCCUGAAGCAUACUGUUUGAAUAAAAAAAUCAAUUUUUAUUAGAAAAAAAUAUUGGUUUCCAGAACCCUUUUCGAUCCUGACGACGGCGACGACAAGGAGUCUUCGACGUGUUCCGAACUGGCGACGACACUCGCCUUCCUCGUCAGCGACGUCAUCUACUCCUUCCUCAUCUGUCUUCCGAGAAUCUUCGACCCUUGGCUCCAGUCUUUCGUCAACGUCUUCGCCGUGGCUCUCUGGCCGUCCGUCACCCUCAUUUCCUACGAUUUGCACGUUCAGGCGGUUGGUUUUUUUUUUCAAACCGCAUUGCCGAUAGAAAUAAGAUCACAGAGAAGUCAGACAGUUGAGAAAUUCCAAGAAUGGAAUAUAUUGACCAUUUGGGAAUAAAGGCCCAAAAAGUAGCGAUUAGUUUGCUCCACUGAUAAAAAUGCGCCUUUUCUUCAAUUUUCCUAUUUUUUGCGUAGUUUUCGUGUUACAUAGUACUAAAGGAGCAUUUUUUUGAAAUUAUAUUAUCAAUGGGGCGUACAAGCCUUCGUCAUACCUGUUUUUUCGGUUUCAAUUUUUUCUUUAUCCAUUUUUAGAUGAUUUAUUUGUAUAAGUGCUGUUAUUUUAAAUUUUGUCUUUCUGAAAUAUAUAGUGCUUCCAGUACCUACUUAUGAACUAGUUUAAAUCAGUUUCGGUGGAUUAAAAAUUAGCGUCAGAGGGUGAAAAAGACAACGCAAAAUCCGGAGACCCAGAGAUAUUUUCGAAAUAGCCAAAAUCAGCCAUUAUUGAUUGAUUCAAAAAGAGUUUCCAGGCGUUCGCCUUCCGUGUCCGCGGAAUGUUCCAGUCCUGUGGCGGCGGCGGUGGCUCCGGCUACAGUAACCCGCCGAUAAUUCGUGCCAAGAAACGGAAACGGGAGCCCCGGCUGCGGAUCUUGUAA